CCCGGGACAGCGGGACCCCGGGCGGUCGGACGGGCGGGCGCCGGUCGCAACUGAGGCGGUGCCCGCCGAGAAAUCCGGACCCUCCGUGUUCCCCCGGGGCCGAAGCCGGGGCGGGUGGGGGCUCAGGCCCGGGGGAUGCUGGGCUCGGUGAAGAUGGAGGCCCAUGACCUGGCCGAGUGGAGCUACUACCCGGAGACUGGCGAGGUCUACUCUCCCGUGACCCCAGUGCCCACCAUGGCGCCUCUCAACUCCUACAUGACCCUAAACCCUCUAAGCUCUCCCUACUCCCCUGGGGGGCUCCCAGCCUCCCCGCUGCCCUCAGGACCCCUGGCACCACCCACCCCCUCGGCGCCCCUGGGGCCCCCCUUCCCGGGCCUGGGUGCCAGCAGUGGCGGAGGUAGCAGCUCCGGGUAUGGGGGUCCAGGGCCCGGGCUGGUGCACGGGAAGGAGAUGCCCAAGGGCUACCGGCGACCUCUGGCCCAUGCCAAGCCGCCCUACUCCUACAUCUCGCUCAUCACCAUGGCCAUCCAGCAGGCACCUGGCAAGAUGCUCACGCUGAGCGAGAUCUACCAGUGGAUCAUGGACCUCUUCCCUUACUACCGGGAGAACCAGCAGCGCUGGCAGAACUCCAUCCGCCACUCGCUGUCCUUCAACGACUGCUUUGUCAAGGUGGCGCGCUCCCCGGACAAGCCGGGCAAGGGCUCCUACUGGGCCCUGCACCCCAGCUCCGGGAACAUGUUCGAGAAUGGCUGCUACCUGCGACGACAGAAGCGCUUCAAGCUGGAGGAGAAGGUGAAGAAAGGGACCAGUGGGACGUCUGCCACCAGGGCCGGUACAGGGUCCGGCGCUUCGACCACCACCGCUGCUGCCGCUGUUACCUCCCCGCCGCAGCCCCCGCCCCCGCCCCCGGAGCCUGAGGCCCAGGGGGGCGGGGAGGACGUGGGGGCUCUGGACUGUGGCUCACCCACUUCCUCCACACCCUACUUCACUGGCCUGGAGCUCCCCGGGGAGCUGAAGCUCGACGCACCCUACAACUUCAACCAUCCUUUCUCCAUCAACAACCUGAUGUCGGAACAGACGCCGGCGCCUCCCAAACUGGACGUGGGGUUUGGGGGCUACGGGGCUGAGAAUGGGGAGUCUGGGGUCUACUACCAGGGCCUCUAUUCCCGCUCCCUGCUUAACGCCUCCUAGCGGGGCGUGGACCGUGGUGGUGGGUAGCGCUGUGGCUCAUACCUCGGGCUAUUGGGGCCUGACCCUUCUGGCGCCACUCUGCUUGUCCCAUGGGUUAACAUCUGGUUUGUGUAUUACUUGCUAUGAUGACCCACGGGUACCGGGACAACCACCACGGACAACGUUGGUGGCCCCGUGGGGUGCCUCCAAGACUGCCACGUUGACUGAUGUUAUCGGUUGAACCCUUGGGUGCUUCAGUGGCCGCCAUCUGGGAUGACACCGUGGUUGGCCUUUUGGGUGUGAUGAUGAUACCAUUUCAGUGACGUCUGUGACCCACUGGGGGCUGGGAUCACUUAUGUUUCGGUGGAUUUGGCACAGCAGGUACCAAGUUGGCCACUGUCCUGCAUGACAUCUUUUCUGGCCCACUGGGUGCUCAGAGGGCCACGGUAUGGGCCAUGGGACAUGAGUGCGCCAUUGACCAUUAUGGUACCGUCACGGCCACCAUGGCCCCGUGUUGGCCGUUACCACUGUGUCUUUGGCGUGGCCUGGGAGAGGGGUGGAGAUGAGAAGAUUCCUUCGUUUUCUCGGAUGCCCAUCCCCCAGCGGUGUCUAAGAGAAACCAGAAAGGCCAGGGUGUGGGGAAUUUCUACUGAAGUCAAGUUCUUGCCUGGGAAGUGGGAUAUUGGCUGUGUUUGACCAUUAAAGGCACCGAUUCCGCCUCUUA